ACCCCCAGAAUCAUCUAAAGUAUCAUGGAGCCUCCUGGAGAGAAGCCAAGAGAGGCUGAGGGGCUGAACAUCACACCCCAGCUGCUGAAGUCCUGCUCUGGAGAGUUUGCCCUUGAUUCCAUCCUAUUGCUGAAACUUCGGGGUUUAGGGCUGGUGGACCUGGGCUGUUUGGGAGAGUGCCUGAGCCUUGAGUGGCUUGACCUAUCAGGCAACGCACUUACCCACCUAGGCCCUCUAGCAUCCCUGCGCCAGCUGGCUGUACUCAACAUCUCCAAUAAUCGGCUGACUGGGCUGGAGCCACUGGCUGCCUGUGAAAACCUGCAGAGCCUCAAUGUUGCUGGUAACCUGCUGGCCACUCCUGGCCAGCUGCAGUGUCUGGCUGGUCUACAGGGCCUGGAGCAGCUGAGGCUCCGGGACCCUUUGGCCCGGCUCAGUAACCCACUGUGUGCCACGCCCUCCUACUGGGCUUUGGUUCGAGAGCUGCUGCCUGGCCUCAAAGUCAUAGAUGGGGAACGUGUGAGUGGGAGGGGCAGUGAGCUGUACCAGUUAUGCCGAGACCUAGACAGUUCCUUGCGCCCCAGCUCCAGCCCAGGCCCCAGAACCAUAGAGGCCCAGCCAUGGGUGGAUCCUGGCUACUGGGAAUCCUGGCCCGUGCAGAACAGCUCAAUUCUGGAAGAGGCCUGCCGGCAGUUCCAGGACACACUGCAAGAAUGCCUUGACCUGGACCGCCAGGCCGGUGACAGCUUGGCCCAGGCCCUUGAGGCUCUGAGCCCUGCAGAAACCACCUCUUCCUUUGUCUUCUGAAUGCCUCAUAGCCCAGGUAGUCUCACAAUAGUGUUGUUGCCUGCAUCCUUUUCCUGCCUUAUGUCCCUGCCUCCCUGGUUUUCUCUGGUCACUGACCUUGCAAACUAGGUUGUUCAUUUAUCCC